AUGGGCAAUGAAACAUCAUACGUUUCUAUUCUCUUAAUUUUUCUUGCCAUGGUUUCUAGUACAAAUGCCGGAGACAUUGUGGUUUACUGGGGCCAAAACGAGAAGGAAGGUUCAUUGAGUAAAACAUGUCACUCAGGACUGUACAACAUCGUCAAUAUAGCAUUUUUGGCAACAUUUGGCGGUGGCAUGCAACCCCAAAUCAAUCUAGCAGGUCACUGUAAUGCUGCAUCAAACGGUUGCAGAAGUUUGAGCAAAGACAUCGAUAAUUGCCAGAAGAAAGGCAUAAAGGUGAUGCUCUCAAUUGGAGGUGGCAACCCAGGUUACUCCUUGUCAUCCCCUAGAGAUGCUAGUAACGUGGCAGAUUACAUAUGGAACAACUUCUUGGGAGGAAAAUCAAGUUCAAGGCCACUAGGUGAUGCAGUGUUGGAUGGUGUAGAUUUUGACAUUGAAGUUGGUGGUGGUGAAGCCUUCUAUGCUGUGCUUGCAAGGAGACUCAUACUACAUAGCAAUGGUGGCAGAAAAGUGUACUUAACCGCUGCACCGCAGUGUCCAUUCCCUGAUCAACACCAGAAAGGGGCACUUUCAACAGGGCUCUUUGACUAUGUUUGGAUUCAGUUUUACAACAAUGGUCCUUGUCAGUUUGACUCUAGCAACCCUAACAAGUUCCAAAACUCUUGGAACCAGUGGAUCUCAUCCAUAAAUGUUACCAAGGUUUAUGUUGGAGUUCCUGCAUCACCAUCAUCAGCUAAUACUGGCUAUGUGCCACCACAGGUGCUUAUGAGACAAGUGUUGCCUUUUGUCAAAAGAUCAAGCAUGUACGGGGGAGUUAUGCUUUGGGACAGGUCCGCUGAUAAGAAAACGCUAUACUCCACCAAAAUCAAGAGCAAUGUUUGA